AUGGCUCCGAGAUCACCACUGCAGACAUUGCUCAACCCAAGAAUAACUUCGACAGAUUUUUCUGCCACCUUUAACCUCACCUUUACCACUUUCUUUGACGGUAGAUUAUCAAGCUUCUCUUCGGCUGAAAAACACCUCAAAGACAUGCUUGUCAAUUAUAAACUCGAACAACAGGGCUUUCCUCAGUAUUCGAGAUUUCCCCUUGAGAUCCAGCGAAAGAUCUGGAUACAUACACUACCUGAUCCAAGGGUCAUCCCCAUAACAUAUGAUGAUACCACCCAGGUUUGUCAAAGUACCAGUUCAAUUCCAAUAGCCCUACACGUGUAUAGUAUCUCGAGAACUGAAGCCUUGAGAUUCUAUUCAUUAUCUUUCGGUACCACGAACGAAAACGGUCGUAUUUAUUUUAGAUUCAGAUUUGAUAUACCUAUCUUAUUGACCAAUCUCUUCGACAGAACCCGACCUCCAAGGGUGCCCGCUGAAAGGUUUGAGAGUUUUAUCAAUAGCACUCAGAACCUUGAAAAGCUUGACGCAAUUGCUAUGAUACCCGGACUGGUCAAAUCAAUUUUUGGCCCUCAUCCGAGACCAUGCCCAGAUCUCUGCAACAAAUUCGUCGAGAAAAUGCCAAAUUUGACACAUCUGCUAUCUACAAAUUGCACUAGAGAAACAGAUGAACUACAUAUUGGUAUGUCUGGAUACCUUGCUGGUUAUAGGACUAUUGGCACCAAAAUGUGCAGUGAUCUGUCUUUGUCCAUGAAGUCUUAUGCACUGAAUGAAGACGCUCAACGCCGGACCGACAACUUCAAGAGGUUCUGGAAUAUUUAUUGGUGUCAGGCUUAUCUGGAGCUUCAUGGCCUACCUUUAGUAUUGGUGCAGGAGAGGGACCUAGAAGUUGGUGCGGUCAGGCGGUUUUCCCGCGCAGGGGGUGAAUGGGGAAGUACACCAUGGAUUCGAUCUGUGCUAGGCUAUCCUCGUCCAAGCGGGGCUUGA